AGUUGCCCCUCUGCAUUGUCCACGAUCCCACUUCCUGCAAAACGAUAUUUUCCUUUGGCCGGGCCUGGGUUCCUUUCUCCCAUCCAUCCCUCUCUUUCGAGAAUUUGUCGCUCACGGUUUGAUAUCAUCCUUUCCAUCACUGCAUAUCUUGCUCUCUUUUUGUAAGCGACAUCUUCUCAGCUUUUCACCAUGGCGGACAACGACGCGCAGCAUGAACACACCUUUGAGUCCGCCGAUGCCGGAGCUUCGGCCACCUACCCGAUGCAAUGUUCCGCCUUGAGAAAGAACGGCUUCGUUGUCAUCAAGGGCCGCCCAUGCAAGAUUGUCGAAAUGUCCACCUCCAAGACUGGCAAACACGGUCACGCCAAGGUCCACUUGGUUGCCCUCGACAUCUUCACCGGCCGAAAGAUGGAAGAUCUCUCCCCAUCCACCCACAAUAUGGACGUUCCUAACGUCACUCGUCGUGAAUACCAAUUGCUCGACAUUACUGAUGACGGCUUCUUGUCCCUCAUGUCUGAUGAUGGUUCCACCAAGGAUGAUGUCAAGAUGCCCGAGGGCGAAGUUGGCGAAAAGAUUGAGAAACUCUUCCGCACCGACGAGAAGGACACCAACGUUAUUGUCUUGACCGCGAUGGGCGAGGAGGCUGCUGUUGAUGCCAAAGAAGCUCCCAAAUAAACGGGCGUUCGAGUCAACCAGCAGAUCUGCGACCCCCUCUUCACGACUGAUGGAUUUAUGGAUCAGGAAACCCAGGUCAUACUUCAGCGUUCUUGGUGUUGGGCAAGUUUGCACAUGCCGAAAAUCAGAGUAGGCGGAAAGAUACGAACUUGUCUGGAGGCAGCUGGGCCAUAGAUCUGUGGCUUGCCCUGAAAAAGUGACUGUUUUUCACUCCAACGACGGACCAGCAUCCUUCUGCAUUUUGAAAAGUGGUAGCUAGACAAAUAACAGAGCAAUUACUCAAACCACCAUCAGCCUGCUUAUGCUGCUAGUCAAUGCAGGGAUCUAUCCUUCUCGCUUCAAACAGAAAUACCUGAUCGCUGAUUGGUUCCGCCGCGGCUCUCAUCUUGCCUGCAGUUCUCAAGUUCUCGCUUGAGACCCUCCAUUUGUCACGUUACGGGCUGGCUGGAAGAUCCUCCUGUGGUUAAAGCGGUCAUGGCAAAUCCGCCAUUACGUUCCGUACAUCUCGCGGCGUAAGGAUCCCGGUUCUUAUAGCUCUGCCGUAG